AUGAAGUUUUUGACUACCAAUUUUUUAAAGUGUUCCGUGAAGGCUUGUGACACCAGCAAUGACAAUUUCCCACUAAAAUACGAUGGCGCCAAAUGCAGCCUACAACAGGACGAUAGUAUCGACUUCAACCCGGAGUUCCUACUCAGCAUCCUCGACAGAGUCGACUGGGACGCAAUUCUCGCAGUGGCCGCAGACCUGGGAAACGAAUCACUUCCUCGUGUCAAACCCGUCCUCGUACCAGGACAAGAGCUGUCAGAAGAUGACCAAGCCAUACUCAGAGACCUACACACAUUGCUGAUCCAGACGUCAAUCGUCGAGGGCCAAAUGCAAUGUCGCAACUGCGAGCACAUCUACUACAUCAAGAACGGAAUACCAAACUUGUUACUGCCUCCACAUCUCGCAUAG